AUGUUCCCGUUUUUGCUGCCAAGAGUCUUCCCUACCGUGUACUGCGAGCCCGACGGCGAGGUCGGGACCUCGCGGACAGUGUCGGCAUUCAAGUCGGUCAAGAGCGUGAUGUCUGUGCCAGAGACCGAGCUGAAGCGGUGGAGGAGGACGUUUGACGCGAAUGUGACGACGGUUGUGGACGGUCAGAAGUUCUUGAACAGCGAGCAGUUUGUGAACGCGAUCGCGCCUAAGGGAGACCUUACUAGAAUUGGCCGCGCGCAGUUCGCAACCUUGUUCCGCGUUGCAGACGCGAGCAAACGCGGGCUCGUGUCCUGGGACGACUUCGUGGUGUUCGAGACUAUCUUGAAGAGGUCGGAUGCCGAUUACUACAUAGCGUUCCAAUACUUCGAUGUAGAUAAUUCGGGUACCAUUACUUAUGACGAAUUCAAAAAUGUAUUCAAGGCUAAUGUCGGAUCUGACGCUAUUCCGUUUGACUUCGAAUGUGACUGGGUGAAGUUAUAUCUCGGAAAGAAGAACGGAACACGCGUUCUAGGAUAUAACGAGUUCACGCAGUUGAUGAAGGGACUUCAAGGCGAACGGUUGCGCCAGGCAUUCAAGUAUCUAGAUAGAGAUCAGGAUGGUUUCAUUCUUCCUGAACAGUUUAAACAGAUAAUUCUAGAGAUUGCAGGUCAUAAAUUGUCAGAUGCUGUUAUAGAGAGACUACCGACUCUGACAACCUUGUCACCGGGGGGACGGAUAUCGUACUCGGAGGUCAUCGCAUUCCACAACGUGAUUAGAGAGAUGGACAUGGUGGAGCGCAUGAUCCGGGAAGCAACCUCAAAGUCAAAAGACGGUCGGAUCGACCAGUCAGAUUUCCUCAAUCACUGCGUGUCGAGCUCGCGCUACUCGCUCUUCACACCCAUGGAGGCGUCUAUCAUCUUCCACUUCGCGGGCCGUGGUAAUGCGACACAACGCCUCGCGCUCAUCGACUUCGGACAGCUCCUGGACCCGCGAUGGAAGGCGCCAUUGGAGCGACCUGAGGCGAAGACGAUGGCGACUACGGCGACAUCGGUGCUUAACGAGGUUGCGCACUCGGUGUACAAUUUUUCGCUAGGAGGUAUUGCUGGGGCAUUUGGGGCGACUAUUGUAUACCCGAUAGAUCUUGUCAAGGUGAGGCUACUUGCGCGGACGACCCGGAUGCAAAACCAGCGAAGCUCCGUGGUCGGCCAAUUGCUGUACAAAAACAGCUUCGAUUGCAUACAAAAAGUAUUUCGUAACGAAGGGUCCAUUGGGUUUUAUCGAGGACUUGGUCCCCAGCUAAUUGGAGUUGCACCGGAAAAAGCUAUCAAACUUACUGUCAAUGACUUCAUCCGCGCACGAACCAUGGAUCCAGAGACGGGUAGAAUCAAGCUCUUUUGGGAACUUGUUGCUGGUGGUUCAGCGGGCGGUUGUCAAGUGGUCUUCACUAAUCCCUUGGAAAUUGUAAAAAUCCGCCUUCAAGUGCAGGGAGAAGCGGCAAAACUAGAGCAUGCGAUACCGAAAGGUGCAACACACAUCAUCCGCCAGCUUGGUCUGCUCGGUCUGUACAAGGGUGCAAGUGCAUGUCUGCUCCGCGACAUCCCGUUCUCGGCCAUCUACUUUCCUGUGUAUUCACACCUCAAGAAAGAUGCGUUCCAUGAGGGAUACAAUGGGAAGCAACUGUCAUUCCUUGAGACCUUGACGGCAGCCGCUGUUGCGGGCAUGCCCGCCGCAUAUCUGACAACGCCUGCAGAUGUCGUGAAGACGCGUUUGCAAGUGGAGGCCCGAAGUGGGCAGACUCAUUACAAGGGUUUGACAGAUGCGUUCGUGAAGAUCUACCGCGAAGAGGGCUUCAAGGCUUUCUUCAAAGGUGGUCCUGCGCGUAUCGUUCGAAGCAGUCCUCAAUUCGGCUUCACAUUGGUCGCGUACGAGUACUUGCACAAGUUCUUCCCGUAUCCAUUCAACGGCCAUGGCAGAGAGGUGGAAACGGCUCUCACCGUACAACCGGAAGACAUGUCGAAGAUACGUGCGCGCAAUGCGCUCAAAAUUCUCCUGGACGUCCACGGGGACUUCGGUCGCCGUACAUCAUGA